AUGGGUAUAAUACCUGCCUGUAAUAUAGAAAAUGCUUUUGGAACCACUUGCUGGCACCACCACCACUUAUUACUGAUAGUGAUCAACUACUUUUUUUUCAGUGACUUAGACGAGAAAUACAGCAGAAAGAGGGACCGAUACAGUGGAGGGGGAGGGCUGACACAGGACUUCAAGGAGAAAGAGGGAUAUAAACCGGACGUCAAACUGGAAUACGUGGAUGACGGGGGGCAUCUGCUAAAUCAGAAGGAGGCCUUCAGACAGCUGUCUCACAGGUUCCACGGGAAAGGCUCCGGCAAAAAGAAAACAGAAAAACGAACUAAAAAACUACAGGAGGAACAGUUGAUGAAGCAGAUGAGUUCCACAGACACGCCCCUUGGUACACUGAACAUGCUUAAGGAUAAGCAGAGAACAGAGAAGUCACCUUACAUUGUCCUGUCUGGCUCCAAAGGUUUCUCAUCAAAUUCCAUCAUUAAACCAAGUCAAACGUGAAUCUGGGAGAAUAUUAUGUGCAUUUCCUAGACUUCGAAUGCAGAUAAAAUAUAUGAAGGAGGUCAACUACAGACAGUAAACAUCCCUUGAGCAGUCUGUGAUUUAUUGGCUCACUAAAUCAUUACAUUACAUUGCAUCAUGAUUUUAUUGGCUCUGACAGUAAAUAAUGACAUUUACACUUGUACAUUGCAUCAUUUUAUCUUUGUUAGAUUCAACAACUGUCAAUAAAAACAUGAAAACAGA